AUGCUGCGUAAAGAAGUCCACUACAAUAUCAACACAAACACCCGCUACUGGAGCAACGGCAUCUUUGCCAACUGCAACGGGGGUAACUGGCACUGGAGCUGCAACACCAUCAGGAGGCUCCACAGCAUCAGGAGCGACAACGCCAUCAGGAGCAACCACAGCAUCGGGAGCGACAACAGCUUCAGGAGCAACGACAGUGUCGGGAGCGACAACAGCAUCGGGAGUAACGACAGCAUCAGGAGCAACGACAGCGUCGGGAGCCACAACAGCAUCAGGAGCAACAACAGCAUCAGGAGCAACGACAGCAUCAGGAGCAACGACAGCAUCAGGAGCAACAACAGCAUCAGGAGCAACGACAGCGUCGGGAGCCACAACAGCAUCAGGAGCCACAACAGCAUCGGGAGCCACAACAGCAUCAGGAGCAACGACAGCAUCAGGAGCAACGACAGCGUCGGGAGCCACAACAGCAUCAGGAGCCACAACAGCAUCAGGAGCAACGACAGCAUCAGGAGCCACAACAGCGUCGGGAGCCACAACAGCAUCAGGAGCAACGACAGCGUCGGGAGCCACAACAGCAUCAGGAGCCACAACAGCAUCAGGAGCAACGACAGCAUCAGGAGCCACAACAGCGUCGGGAGCCACAACAGCAUCAGGAGCAACGACAGCAUCAGGAGCCACAACAGCAUCAGGAGCUACAACAGCAUCAGGAGCAACGACAGCAUCAGGAGCCACAACAGCAUCAGGAGCCACAACAGCAUCAGGAGCAACGACAGCGUCGGGAGCAACAACAGUAUCAGGAGCAACGACAGCGUCGGGAGGCACCACAGCAUCAGGAGCCACAACAGCAUCAGGAGCCACAACAGCAUCGGGAGCUACAACAGCAUCAGGAGCCACAACAGCAUCAGGAGCAACGACAGCGUCGGGAGCCACAACAGCAUCAGGAGCCACAACAGCAUCGGGAGCUACAACAGCAUCAGGAGCAACGACAGCGUCGGGAGGCACCACAGCAUCAGGAGCCACAACAGCAUCAGGAGCCACAACAGCAUCGGGAGCUACAACAGCAUCAGGAGCAACGACAGCGUCGGGAGCCACAACAGCAUCAGGAGCCACAACAGCAUCAGGAGCCACAACAGCAUCAGGAGCAACGACAGCGUCAGGAGCCACAACAGCAUCAGGAGCCACAACAGCAUCAGGAGCCACAACAGCAUCAGGAGCAACGACAGCGUCGGGAGCCACAACAGCAUCAGGAGCCACAACAGCAUCAGGAGCAACAACAGCGUCAGGAGCCACAACAGCAUCAGGAGCCACAACAGCAUCAGGAGCAACGACAGCGUCGGGAGCCACAACAGUAUCAGGAGCCACAACAGCAUCAGGAGCUACAACAGCAUCAGGAGCCACAACAGCAUCAGGAGCCACAACAGCAUCAGGAGCCACAACAGCAUCAGGAGCCACAACAGCAUCUGGAGCUACAACAGCAUCUGGAGCAACGACAGCAUCAGGAGCAACAACUACAACAGGAACAGCCAGCACAACAUCAAGUACAAGCACAACAUCAUCUACAAGCACAACAGGAACAACAAGCACAACAUCAAGUACAAGCACAUCACCAAGUACAACCACAUCAUCAAGUACAAGCUCGACAUCAAUACCAUACAUCGUCAAUACGUCGUCAAGUACAUCGUCAAGUACAUCAUCAAGUACGUCGUCAAGUACAUCAUCGAGUACAUCAUCAAGUACAUCAUCGAGUACAUCAUCGAGUACGUCGUCAAGUACAUCGUCAAGUACGUCGUCAAGUACGUCGUCAAGUACAUCAUCGAGUACGUCGUCAAGUACAUCGUCAAGUACGUCGUCAAGUACAUCGUCAAGUACGUCGUCAAGUACAUCGUCAAGUACAUCAUCGAGUACGUCGUCAAGUACAUCAUCGAGUACAUCGUCAAGUACAUCGUCAAGUACGUCGUCAAGUACAUCAUCGAGUACAUCAUCAAGUACGUCGUCAAGUACAUCAUCAAGUACAUCAUCAAGUACAUCAUCAAGUACAAGCUCUACAUCAAGUACAAGCGGACCCUAAUAACAAAUAAGAUGGGUGUUUUGACCCCUGAGGGUCAUGGGAACCCCAAUUAUGGAGUUCUACCCAAGAGGUAG